GCGAGAGCGGGGCUCUGUUGCUCCAGAUACGAUCAGCCUUCCCCGGAUGAUUGCAGCAGAGGGAUCAUGACUGGGAAGAAGUCUUCCCGGGAGAAGCGGCGCAAACGUAGCGGCCAGGAGGCGGCCGCUACGCUCGCCGCCCCGGACCUCGUCCCCGCUCUCGCAGGUAGCGGCAGUGGAAGCACCAGCGGCUGCGGGAGCGCUAGCGGCUGCGGGAGCGUCGGCUGCUGCGGGAACGCGAGCUUCAGCGGAAGUGUCACCGGCGCUGCGGAGCGGAGCGACCGCCGGAAGCGGAGGAGCACCGACUCGUCAUCCAGCGUCUCGGGCUCCCUGCAGCAGCUACUCCUUGAGUUAAUUACAGUGUGGAGAGCAAAGGAAACCAAAUAUCUUUUACCAACGUUGGAAAAAGAAUUAUUGUUGGCAGAGCACAGUGACCUUGAAGAAGGUGGACUGGAUCUGACGGUGUCAUUAAAACCAGUUAGUUUCUACAUAUCAGACAAAAAAGAAAUGCUUCAGCAGUGCUUCUGUAUCAUAGGAGAGAAGAAGUUACAGAAGAUGCUUCCUGAUGUGUUAAAGAAUUGUUCAAUAGAAGAAAUUAAAAAACUGUGCCAGGAACAGUUAGAACUCCUGUCUGAAAAAAAAAUCCUGAAGAUUCUUGAGGGUGACAACGGUAUGGACUCUGAUAUGGAAGAGGAGGCAGAUGAUGGCUCUAAGAUGGGAUCUGAUUUAGUCAGUCAGCAAGACACAUGUAUAGAUUCUUCUUCAUCCCUGAGGGAGAACAAACAACCAGAAGGUUUGGAAUUAAAACAAGGCAAAGGGGAAGAUAGCGAUGUACUCAGUAUAAAUGCAGAUGCUUAUGACAGCGACAUAGAAGGCCCAUGCAACGAAGAAGCGGCUGCUCCUGAGGCCCCAGAAAACACAAUCCAAAGUGAAGCUGGUCAGAUAGAUGACCUGGAGAAAGAUAUUGAAAAAAGUGUGAAUGAGAUUCUGGGACUGGCAGAGUCUAGCCCAAAGGAACCCAAGGCAGCCACCGUGACUGUUCCUCCACCAGAAGAUGUUCAGCCUUCUGCACAGCAACUGGAGCUGCUAGAACUUGAGAUGAGGGCAAGAGCGAUUAAGGCCCUGAUGAAAGCUGGUGACAUAAAAAAGCCAGCCUAGUUACUUACUUGAGUUUGAAUUUUAGGUGUGUUUGAAUGAAGCCACAUCAUAUAAUUUUGUAUCUGAAGUUUAUUUUGGGUCUUAUGUGAUAUUUUUCAUGUAACCCUUAUUAAGUAAGCUCAUCUUAGAAUUAAAAUAUGUUUUUAAAAAACUUUUUAUAUUAAAAAUGUAUGUUUGAAUUCAUGGCAAAUAUAGUUGGAUAGCUUGGAUACACUUUUAGGUGAUUAUUUAGCUAUGCCUGCAAAUUAACAUCUUAAAAAGCUUUAGGAAAGAAUCAUUAAUAUUUUUUCUUUUGUUUUUAAAUGUUUUGGCCACAGAUCCAAGAGCUUUAAGAAAGAUUUGACCAAGCAUGUUUCUCUUAAGGCUUCCUUUAUUUUUCAGCAGAAUAUUAAAUUAUUGCUCCUAGAUUUGUUGACUGUAAGAAAUUUAGUUUUGUGUUUAUUCACUUUUAAAAUAUGAAUGGUUUUGAAAAUGCCUUCUGUGGAUGUGGAUUUCCUAAUUCAAACUGAAUAACAGUUUUUGUUGUAAGGCUUAGCGAUCUGGAAUGGUUGAGAAUAACUUUUUUUUAAUAAACAGAAAACUCAAUUUAAGACAGUUUUUAAUAAUGUAGAACUAAUUGCCCUUGCUUAAUUUCAGCAGACAAGCCAUCCUAACAAGUAUUUGAUCCUAUUGGGCACUUUGUUCAAGUUUUUUUUCUGCAGUAAAAUAGAACAAAUAUUCAUUUACAUUCCAGGCUAUCAAGAAAAGGGGAAUAUUUUAUCAUACAGGGUUUUAUCUGAUGUUGUUGCUUGAAGAUCUAAUGUGCUAUAA